AUGCUCUCCACCACUCUCAUCACCGCCUUCACCCUCUUCGCCACGGUGGCUCAGGUUCAGGGCGCCACCAUCCCCGCUCCCGCUGCCUCAUCCACCGCGACCCCGUGCACGUCCGUCGUCUUCGUGACCAAGACCGCCAUGCCCACCUCGGUCCUCACCGUCACCAAACACACCACGUCCACCGCCGUGCCCAAGGGCAAGCUCGUCAGCUCGCCCCAGGGCACCUACGUCCCCCGCCGCCGCGCCGACGUCACCCCCACCACCACCGUCACCGUCGUGAAGACGAGCACCGCGACGGACACCACGACGAAGACGGUCACGAGCACGUCGACGACCACGAGCACGCUGAAGACGACGCUGACGGCGACCAGCACGGCGAAGGUCACGUCGACGCAGACGCAGACGAGCACAGUCACGAGCCCGGUGACGAAGGUCGUAACCGCGACGGCCACUGGGACGCGUACUGCGACUGUUACGGCGUUCACCACCGACGCCGAGACUUCCACUGCAACCGUCACCACCACCGUUGGCGAGAAGACUGUUACAGAGGGCGAUGUUGCUCGUCGGGCUCUGCCCACCGCCGCCUGA